AUCCUGACACUCCAAACACUGCUGUCUUCUCAGUGAGUCCUGAAUCUGAGAAGAGUCAGGAUGUCUCCAUGGCUGCCUCCCCUCCUUCUCCUCCUUUUCACCAUGCAUGGUGCCCUGGCCCUGAGGAUCUGCUCCUUCAAUGUGAGGUCAUUCGGGGAAGCCAAAAAGGAAAACCAGAACACCAUGGAUGUCAUUGUGAAGGUCAUCCAACGCUGUGACAUCAUUCUCCUGAUGGAAAUCAAGGACAGUAACAAUAUGAUCUGUCCCAUGCUGAUGGAGAAGCUAAACGGAAACUCAAGAAGAGGCACAACAUAUAACUAUGUGAUUAGCUCUCGCCUGGGAAGAAAUACAUAUAAAGAACAGUAUGCCUUUCUCUAUAAGGAAAAGCUGGUGUCUAUAAAGAAAAGCUACCACUACGAUGAUGAUCAGGAUGGUGAUGAAGACGUGUUCUCCAGGGAGCCCUUUGUGAUCUGGUUUCAGUCACCCCACACCGCUGUUAAGGAUUUCGUGAUUGUCCCCCUGCACACCACUCCUGAGACAUCCGUUAAGGAGAUUGAUGAGCUGGUGGAUGUCUACAUGGAAGUGAAAAAACGUUGGAAAGCUGAGAAUUUCAUUUUCAUGGGUGACUUCAAUGCUGGCUGCAACUACGUCCGCAAGAAGGCCUGGAAGGACAUCCGCCUGAGGACUGACCCCAGGUUUGUUUGGCUGAUUGGAGACCAAGAGGACACUACAGUUAAGAAGAGCACCAACUGUGCAUACGACAGGAUCGUUCUUAGAGGACAGGAGAUUGUGAACUCUGUUGUUCCCAAAUCAAACGGCGUCUUCAACUUCCAGAAGGCGUAUAAGCUAACUGAAGAGGAGGCUCUGGAUGUCAGUGACCACUUUCCGGUUGAAUUUAAGCUACAGUCUUCAAGGGCUAUCAGCAACAACAAAAAAUCAAUUGCUCCAAAGAAGAAAAAAAAGCCCAAAAGCUCCUAG